UUCACUCAGCCCAACCCAGAGAAAGUCCCAGGUCUUUCAAUUGGCGGAACAGCAGCGAGGCGUUGCUUCUGAUUGGUCAGACCUCAAGAGGUGGGGCUCACGGACCAAAACAAGAAAUUGAAUGGUAAAAAGCAAAGUCAGUCAGACUCCGAGGCCCGCCCCCUGAGACUGACAGGUAACCUAGCAACGCGGGCACCGCCGCUGUAACUGCAGAGAAAGGUGGAACCCCUCGGAACCGGGUCGCCUGGGACAGCAGGAGCCUGCAGUCUCCAUCGCUGAGGACAAAGACGGCCACUCGCAGAAAUGGCUUCAGAGGUCCUCACCGUGGAGCCUCUCUACCAUGGCCCUGACAUCAACAGAAUACCACUAAGGUCACAGCCAGCCCCAAAGCCAGCCAACCCGCCCAAACCCCUGGUCCCCUCCAAGUCCAAACUCACGACCAUCGAGGCCAAGAGGAUCAUGUCCGUCCUGGAUGAGACCAUCUACAAGGUGGAGCUGGUGACCCUGCUGUCGUACGUGGCGUCCAACCCGGAGGCCAUGGAGGGGAUGCUGGGCGAGGGCAUCAUGACAGCAAUACGACAGCACGAGGACCUCUGCGAGCUCUUGCUGGAGACCACCCAUCGCCUGCAGGAGCGGGAGAGGCAGCUGCAGGAGGAGGAAGAGACCGAGGAGGAGGGGUGGGUCCGGGACCGCCGCUUCUCCCUGAGGCUGCAGAAGGCCAGCCUCCUGCCGCUGAUGCAGCAGGUCCGAGACUCGACCAAGGACAGCCUGAGGCUGCUGCUCGGCAGCCCCCAGGCCUCCAGCUUCCUGCAGAUGCAGACGCAGGGCAGAAGCGCAGAGGCCCAGAGCUUCAUCGACAGCCUCAUCGAACUGCGCGGCUUCCUGUUUGAGAAGUUGCUCACUAGCCCCAUGGAAGCCAGGGAGAAAGCCCAGUUCAUACAGGACGUCAGCCGGCGAAACAGGAGGAACCAGGAGAUGAUCGAUAUUCUAGAAAACGAGCUGGCAGUGGGGAUGAAGAGGAGGAAGGCAGAGGUGGAGAAGGAGAACUUUGUGAUCCAAGAACUGAAAAACCACCUGCACCAGGUGCUCAAGUUCUCGGAGAACAACCUGGCGCGCACCAAGCAGGAAGCGGAGAAGCAGCAGAAGGCGGACGCGCGGGCCUCGCAGGCCAGGCUGGCCAAGAUCCAGCAGGACAUCCUGCUGCUGCGCACGCAGUUCAACAACCUGGUCAUGGAGAACCGCGAGGCGGAGCAGGCGCUGAGGAAGAAAAAGUAUAAAGUGGAGACAGAAGUCGAGAACUGGAUCCAGAAAUACGACACAGAAAUGAGUGAAAAGCAGGAGGAGUAUGAAGACCUGGAGGUCAUCCACAAGGAGGAGAAGGCCCAGCUGGAGGAGCUGCGGCGCAAGCACGACGUGCUGGUGGAGGAGUUCGCGCAGAUCCGCACGGAGCGCGAGAUCAACUCCAAGAAGAGGAUGGAGGCCGAGCAGGAGAUGGUGCGCAUGGCGCGGGCGGCCACGCUCAUCCAGGCCGUGUGGAAGGGCUACCUGGUGCGCUCCAUGCUCAGGUCCAAGAAGAAGAAGCGCAGCAAGGCCAAAGGGAAGGACAAGGAGAAGGCCAAGGGCAAGGGCAGGGGCAGGGGCAAGGGCAAGAAGUGAGCCCCGCCCCACGCCCGCGCGGCGCCCCCUGCAGUUCACAGCCGGAACCACAUUCAGGGAAACGGCAUACAAAUAAACCUCCUUUACCCAGG